AUGGCUUCCGAUGCUCCCGUCGUUCCCACGGCCUAUGAGCCCAAGGACAUGAAGUUCCGUUACCUGGGUAACACCGGUCUCCAAGUUUCCCUCUUCUCCCUCGGUGGCUGGCUCACCUACGGUGGUACCCAGAAGGGCGAGGUUGUCAAGAAGUGCCUCCAGACUGCCUGGGACCAUGGCAUUCAAACCUUUGACACCGCCGAGAUCUAUGCCAACGGCGCUUCCGAGGUCGAGAUGGGUCAGGCCCUCAAGGAGCUCGGCUGGCCCCGUGACGAGUACGUCUUGACCACCAAGGUCUUCUUCGGUACCGGCCGCAAGGAGCCCAACACCCGCGGUCUCAGCCGCAAGCACGUCGUCGAGGGUCUCAAGGCCUCCAUCCAACGUCUCCAGACCCCUUACGUUGAUGUCGUCUUCGCCCACCGUCCCGACGCCGCCACCCCCAUGCUCGAGAUCGUCGAGGGCUUCACCCAGGUCAUCCGCAACCUCAACCUCGCCUACUACUGGGGUACCUCUGAGUGGAGCGCCGUCCAGAUCAAGGAGGCCAUCCACCUCGCCGAGAAGCACAACCUGAUUGCCCCCGUCGUCGAGCAGCCCCAGUACAACGCCUUCCACCGCGAGCGCUUCGAGGUCGAGUACGCUCCCCUCUACAAGGACCACGGCUACGGCACCACCAUCUGGUCUCCUCUCGCCAGCGGCUUGCUCACCGGCAAGUACAACGACGGCAUUCCCGAGGACUCUCGCUUCGCCACCAACAAGGCCUUCUUCGAGAACACCAUUAAGCAACUGCAGAGUGAGGAGGGUCAGGCCAAGAUCGAGAAGGUCCGCAAGUUGACCAAGAUCGCCGAGCGCCUCGGUGCCACCGUCACUCACCUUUCUCUUGCCUGGGCUGCCAAGAACCCCAACGUCAGCACUGUCAUUCUCGGUGCUACCAAGGUCGAGCAGAUUGAGGAUAACCUCAAGGCUCUGCCCCUUAUCGACAAGCUCACUCCUGAAAUCAUGGAGGAGAUUGAGGCUGUUCUUGACAACAAGCCUACGCCUCCUGCCACCUACGGCCGUGACAGGUAA